UCUUUAUCAAAGGGGGCUCCGAGGAAACGACGCGCCGGGACACGGGGAGGUGGGGGUGGGAGGGUCCGUGGAUAUAAAAAGAGGCGACCGACACUGACUCUCCACAGAGCCGAGGGAAGGUCAACGGAGCCCGAACUGCCAAUUGAACCCCGAUUAGCCACCAGUCUCCUUCACUUCUGCUGCUUCUGUUCGCAAGAGACAUGCUGCACGAAGAUGUCCAGGACCUCCACACCUUCCGCAGUGAUCCAGAUCCACGCAUCGCCCUGAAGCUCAGAGCGGCUCCGUGUGAGAGGAACCUCACUGAGGGUACCCGUCCCAGAGUGGUACGUCGGAUUUUCACCAACAGUCGAGAACGAUGGCGCCAGCAGAACGUGAAUGGUGCAUUCGCAGAGCUGCGACGUCUCAUACCCACCCACCCCCCAGACAGGAAGCUCAGCAAGAACGAGAUCCUACGCCUCGCCCUCAGGUACAUCAGCUUUCUGGACCAUCUACUGACUGAGCAAGACCUCAGCGGGGCCCCACAGAGCCAGGCUGUGAGGCUGGAGGAGGACAGACUGCAGGGGACACCAUCACCUAACUCCACCUGCGAGAGUUCAUCAGAGGGAGACUCUGAUGGGCUGAUGGGGGAGCAGAGGCAGCUCCAGUACCAGCAGGUACAGCUGAGCAGGUCGAGCAGAGAUCAGCUGAGACUGUUUCAUCACUCCAGAUGUGAAGGCCCCUGCAGUCUGGGGUCAGACUGAUGCUCCUGUGCUCCAGUUCUGCUGUUUGUCGUCAGUCAGCUGAUUCAGGCUCAAACACAAAGAUGUAAACAGGGAACACUAACAAGACAGAAACCUUCGUCGUUUACAAGCUUUUUGUCAGACAAUGCCUCUGCAUUAUUUCUGACUGGUUUUAGAAAAUCACAAAAAUGAUACACGACACUUCAUGCAGCAGACAGAUGAAUUAUUGAUCUUCAUGAAUAAAUGAUUACAGGUCAGACGUACUGGCAUUGGGAACAUCUGUUCAUAUUGUAAAUGUUUUGGGUUAAACUGAUGAUAUUCUUCCUCAGUGAGGUGAACAGAGUGAAAGGGAAAUGUGGAUUUUAAAGGCCAUUUAAUACAUGAUUGAGAUGUUAGUGUAGCUAAAUAAAAGCACAGAGUGAUGGCUGGUAGCUUUAAAAGCACACAUGGAAUUAUCCAUAAAUAUGAAUUAUUCUGCAUUUAGUAAUUCACUAAUGAAAAAAGUUCAUGUGAUAUUCACAUGUAUCAGUGUUAUUAGACGUGUGCUUUCCAUGUUGUUUGUGUUUUAUGUUUGAUAUUCAGGGUGAUGUUCUGCCAUGAAGCAGAAGAACCAGUAACCAGAUUCAGGUUCUUUCAUGAGGAACCUUUGGUGAUUUUAAUGUUAAUAAAAAUGUCUUUUUGUCUACUGAUGAAAUCUGUGAUGAUGCGCAGGUGUGAUGCUCAUAUCUGAAUACAGAGAA